AUGGACGCUGUUGAGGGAUGCACAGCUGCCGUGCGGCUGCCGCCAGAAGAGAAAGUGGGGGUCCUGCUGCUGAAUCUGGGAGGACCGGAGACUUUGGAUGAUGUGGAGCCCUUUCUGUACAACCUCUUCGCAGACGACAGCAUCAUUCGCCUGCCUCCCUAUGCGCGCUUCCUGCAGCGGCCGCUGGCGAAGUUGAUCAGCAGCCUGCGCGCGCCCAAGAGCUCGGAGGGCUACAAGCGCAUCGGCGGCGGCUCGCCACUGCGGCGCAUCACAGAGCAGCAGGCCGACGCGCUGGCGGCUGCGCUCAAAACAGAAGGCCUGGAUGCGAAGGUGUACGUUGGCAUGCGCUACUGGUCGCCCUUCAUCGAGGAUGCCAUGGAUCAGAUCAAGGCGGACGGCAUGACUCACCUGAUCGUCAUCCCGCUGUACCCCCAGUUCUCCAUCUCCACCUCCGGCUCCAGUCUGCGCCUGCUGGAGAAGAUGUUUGAGAGCGACCCCGCCCUCUCCGGCCUCAAACACUCCGUCAUCGCCUCAUGGUACUUCAGGGAGGGAUAUCUGAGGGCGAUGGCGGAGCUGAUAGAGAAGGAGCUGCAGAAGUUUGACUCACCCGAGAAGACAGAGAUCUUCUUCAGCGCGCACGGCGUCCCUGUGUCAUACGUGGAACAGGACGGGGAUCCUUACAGGGACGAGAUGGAGCAGUGUGUGGGCAUGAUCAUGGACCGGCUGCAGCAGCGGGGGGUGACUAACUCAUACUCGCUAGCCUACCAGUCCCGCGUCGGCCCGGUGGAAUGGUUACAGCCGUACACAGAUGCAAAGAUCCGGGAGCUGGGGGCGUCAGGGGUGAAGCAGCUGCUGGCAGUGCCCAUCUCCUUUGUCUCGGAGCACAUAGAGACUCUGGAGGAGAUUGACAUGGAGUACAGAGAACUCGCCCUUGAGUCUGGCGUCCAGGCGUGGGGUCGCGUUCCGGCGCUGAACACGAAUCCAACAUUCAUCGAUGACCUGGCGGCCAUGGUGCUUGAGAAGCUUCCCAGCGCUGCGCCGCGGCCCGGCUACAUCCCCUCCCUCAACGACAGCAUGAACCUGGGGCCCAUUCCCGGGCGUGUGGAGGAGAUCUUGCAGACGUAUGACCGCGAGCGGCGCGUGCUGCCGGCACCUGUGCGCAUGUGGCAGUGGGGCUGGACCAAGAGCGCCGAGACCUGGAACGGCCGCAUCGCAAUGUUGGCAGUGCUCACAAUUCUCCUGCUGGAGGUGACAACUGGACAAGGCGUCCUCACUCAAUGGCUGAGGCUCUGA